AUGGAUCUGCGAAAUGUCUCGUUUAGCGAUGAUCAGAGCCUGGUCGUAAAAAUUCUAAUUGAAAAGCCGCUUGAAGAAUGGAUAACUUCAGGAGAAAGCGCAGACUGCAUCGAUAUGGACUGCGACGGGGGAAAGAAAGUUCUCGUCCGAGAUCUUGAUGGGUCGCUUUCUGAAGAAUCGAAUGAACCAGGAGUUGUUUUCAGUCAAUCUGAAUUCGCAUGGGGCGAACCAGGCCGCGGAGUUCAUGAUCAUCGUAUUCCGAGCUCCAUUGGCGUUCCUUCUGAAAGUCAACGAGGAAUAACUCGAUCGUCGCCAAACUGUAGCUUGGUCGACGAUUCGUGGAAAUGCACUGGAGUCGAUAGCAACUAUGGUGUUCUCAUCUUCGAGUCAAUGGAUAAAGAUUCGACAGAUCGCCGAUUGUCUCCGAUUGUGAUCAGAUCGAGCUCCGGCUUCGUCGAUAUGGUCAACGGCCCGAGCAAUCAUCGAGGCAGCCAUGGUUACGCAGCCAUCUCACGGAUUUCCACCUUCUUUUUCAUCCUAAGAACUGGCGAAGAAUACAAAAUUGCAGCCACUUCAACUCUUCCGAAGAACUUUCGCCUUAUCACCACCAACUUCAAUUCCGAGGGCAAUAUUCUCCUUCACAUUUCAACGAGCAAUCCGCAACGAAUGGAAAUCUACAGAAGUGGCGUCUUCGAACUACCGAACAAUGUGAGAUUGAAUGCACUUGGAGAAAUCGAAUUUCAGCUUCCAAACGAUUCUUUCAUCCCGAAACUAGAAAGCUUCAAAAAUGGAGAAAAUUAUUUCGACCGAAAAACGCAGAAAUUCCAUGUUGGCAUCAAAACAAACUCAGUUCUCGACGUCAAGACUUCUUCGACGAUUCUCGUUUCGAUCGGCGCGGUAAUGGAAAUGACACCAGUGGAGUUUUACGCACAUAAAGACCUAGUCUAUCUUCUCGCAGAUUUCUUCGAACUCGACUCAUCCCAAGUCAAAGUUGUCAAUGUCCAUAAAAAGACAGAAACGUCUCUUGCUGGGCGCAGCUCUUUAUUAGCAAAGGACGAAAAAGAAGUUGAAAUAGAAAUUCUCCCCGACGAGGUCGACUCGCUCUCUUCUGUCAUUUCCACCUCAACAUUUUGCAAAGUCCGCCAAGGCUUUAAAAACACUUUCAAUUCAACCAUCAACAGUUUCAAAGCACAGAAGAACGAAGAAGACAAGAUCGACCCAACCGUGUCCAUCUUUACCGUUCCAACUGCUCUGCUAGACAUUGGCUCCAAAAACUACACUUAUCAACUGCGACAAGUAACGAACAUCACGCUCAAAAUCGUUGACGCGGAAAAUAAUUUCGUCGAAACUGGCGAUUUUUCGAUCAGAGUAACGAUGAAACGGCUGGAUAGCCUUGACUCAAGGCUUGAAAAAUCUGUUGCUUUGAUGAUGGCAAAUGCGCAAAGGGGGACUUCCAUUCCGGGUUUUGAAGAUGGAGAGCAUCUUUCGAAGCUCGAAAGAAAAACUCUUCAACGAUGGAAUAACAGAAACCAGUUCCAAUCAGAAAACCCCACUUCAGCCGUUAUCUUCAAAAAGAAAUGGAAGAAAAACAAGGUGAAAGGGAACAAAUCUAAGAACAAGGGCAACAAGAAGAACAAGAACAAAAACUCUUCCACCGUUCUUCCAUCCAAGAUCCCAAUUGCCACAGGUGGGAACAAAAAGAAACCAUGGGCCAACAAGUGGGGCAGCAACAAGAAAACAACAGCGAAGCCAACAACGAAGCCGCAAUCAUCGACUUACAGCAUUGACGAAGGGCCGAAGAUUGUAUUGGACAAUAUUGUUAAUUUAGUCAACGGAAGUUUUAAAAUCGAUAUUCCGACGAAAUAUUCGGGCCUCUAUUCUUUGGACAUAGAAUUGAUUGAAAGCGAAAACUGUCGAGCUCAAAAUGAAGAGACAAUUAAGAUGUCCAUCAACCUUGAGGUGCUGAAAAGCAAAAAUGGCGCUGGUCAAAUUUGCAAAUGGGAAAACCGAGUGCUCAUUUGCUCCGGUAAAGAACUAGAAGCACUUGAUGGCUUCUUCGAAAUCAUGAAGCUCUCAAAUAUGUUCGUCACGGAGUCUGGCAAUAUUCCUCUGGAGCUUAUCCAGACCGUCGAUCUCAGCAACAACAAACUAUCAGACGUCGAAAAUCUAGCCGAAUUUGUCAAUUUCUUCGAGAACCUUGACAAGCUGAUUCUCGACGACAAUCUUUUCGAAGACUUCGAAUUGUUCCUGAUCGAGGAAAACGCGCCAAACUUGAGCAUGGUUUCUUUGAAAAACAACAAGAUCUCCUCCCUUUCAAAUCUGUCUCUUUUCGAAAAUCUCAAAGAAGUCGACCUCACUGCUCAAAACCCGCCACUGCAAUGCGUUUCUCCAGCUGCCCUCGACGGCAAAGCAAAAGUGCUGGUUUAA